UUAGUUCUUGCUGCUCUGAGUGACUUCCCACUCUGGUUAUUGCUGCACAACGAGGCCACGAAUCACAGACUCCAGGCUUCCCACAGUUUCAUCUCUCACAGCCUCAGGGACUACAUUGGUCCAAGCAUGACAAUGGAGUAUGAAAAUCUCCAGCACUUGGGGAGUGAGGAGAAAAACCAGGAGAUUAGAAAAGAUUCCAAGUUACACAGGGACCUGGGCACCCUGAGGACAGCUUUCAGAAAUUUCAGUGUAGACACAGGGGCCAAUGUCCAGGCACUGACCUCCCAUGGUCAGAGCUUGCAAGAAACCAUAACCUCUCUGAAAGCUGAGGUGGAGGAUCACAGGCAGGAACUGCUGGCAGCCCACAGCUUGAACCUGAAGGUGGCUUCUGUGUGGACAGCAGCCUGCAGAAACAGAAGCAGGAAUUUAAAGCAGAUCAAUCUGAGAUGCUUCGGUGAGUCCAGCAACUCCCAAAGGAACCAAAAUUCUUAACUUUCCAACUGACCAAUCUCAAGUGCAAAGGCUUUGAAAAGUCCUGCUGUCCCCUUAACUGGCUGGAGCAUGAGGGCAGCUGCUAGUGGAUCUCUCAAUUUGGGAUGUCCUGGAGGGAGGCUGACAAGUACUACCAGCUGAAGAAUGCCCACCUGGUGGUUAUCAAUUCUAGGGAGGAUCAGGUAGAACCUCUUGUCUUUAGUUCCCAAGACAUGUCUCAUUUAGGGAAAUGGUUAACAACCUUGACUAUACAUUGGAACCACCCCUGAGCCUUAGUAACUAUUUCCAUCUGAACCAUGCCCUCAGAAAUUUAAUUGGCCUGAGCAUUGGAAUAAAUAUGUGAAAUGCCUCAA